AUGAGGAGUGAAAAAAGGAAGAGACACCUGGUGAAAACCGAUGUCUGUGUCCAGGUGGAGAGGGGUGGAGUCACACAGGCUGUCAGAGGAGAACUGAACAGGUCAGCAGGACGCUCUGGGCGCAGCAGCUGGAGGAAGGUCAAAGGUCACCUGUUGGAGGGGGGGCAGAGCCUGGUGGCGUUUGUUGGCGGGCUGCUGUUGGCGUCUCUGUACGGAGUCGCAGCUCUCUUCCUGCAGAAGCAGCCGCCGUGGUCGUGCGUCUACACGACGCUGGCUGUGGCCGUCCUGGCAGCCUUCGGGAUGGGCCUGUCCGCCGGCGUCCGGGCCGACGUCGCCGUCCUGCUGCCUUCACUGUGCUCAGCUCGCGGCAGGAACUUCCUCCUCAUCCUGUUUACCUCGAUGCUGCUGUCCGGUCCUCUCGCCAACACAUUGGACAACACGGAGCGAGCCGCCGCCGGCCUGCUGUGCGGAGCUGAGCUGGCAGCCAAUCAAACGCAGGAACUGAUGCAAAGAGCAGCCACACCCCUUUUCUCCGCGCUGGACAGAAUCCGAGAGAUCAGCAGGAACGCUCGGUCCGCGGCGGGACGAGUCGAGGACUUCAUCGACACUCUGACUGACAGCGUCCGGCAUGUCGCUCGUACUCUGAGGAAUGUCCUGCACUUUCUGGUGGACAUCGGCGAUGUCUGCAACGCCAAGCUGGGCUCUCCGUACAGGAAGUGCCGGGCGGUGUUCGCCGAGGCUCGAGCCGACUGCUCCGACCUGCUGGGAGAGUUUAACUUCCUGUGUGACAUCGUGGACGGCUUCCUGCCGCUCUGCAGCAUCGCCCGCGCCGGCGAGCUCUUCUGCAUCAUCCCCUCCUACAUCUCCAACCAUCUGAGAAAACGUCUGGCGGCACCCACCGUUGCAGUGUUUGAGCAAAUGAAGCGGGAGUUUGACUUCAACAUCUCCGCCUCAGUGACCUUUGACCUGGAUGCGAACAGCAGUCGCUCUCUGCAGCAGGUGUCUCAGGAUAUCAUGGAGGAUGUUUCAUCAGAGCUGCAGGCGCUUCAGAAGCUGAGCGGACCGCUGGCGUAUGGCGGGCUCGUCCUACUCAUGUGGUCGUUCCUGAGGGCGGUGCAGUACAGGCGCAGGUAUCUCAGUGAUGUCGACUUUGAUAACGUCUACAUCACUGCUCAGUUUGAAGAGCUCGACCAACAGGUGACCACUGGGGGCGGAGCCUCGGUCCUGCCACUCACACGCAGAGAAGCCAAGACCUACAUCACACCAUUGUCGUUUCACCUGACGGCCCGAGAACGGCAGGUGGUGUUGGUGGGCGUGGUCUCCGUCCUCAGACACCUGGUGAUGGGCAGCCUGCUGGUGGCGUUGGACUUCCUGGUGUUCUGGAUUCUAGAUCAGGUACACCACCAGGUGAAAGGGGACAUCGUGGCCAGAGCUCCCGUCACAGUGGCGGUGCAGGUGAACGGAUCAGGUUACGUCUCGGACAUCUUCCGGGACCUGGUGGCUUCCUUCAGUGUCCUGCAGGGAGGAAACAUCACUGUGAUCAGCAGGAAGUGUCUGCUGGAGCCGUCAGAGCCAAACUACGUCACAUGCUUCAUCCUAGGGUUCCUGCUGGGUCUGGCUCUACUGGUCUCUCUGACUGGAGGAUUCGUGCAGCGCUGCAAACGACUCGUCUGUGCUUCAUAUCAUCCAGAGAGAGAGCUGGAAAGGAUCUGGUCCCUCCGGCAGCAGAUCCUGGAUCAGAGGAGGAUGGUGGGGAAAGCCCUAUGGAGGUCUACAGCCAGGAGCCGAGCUGAGGGAAGAGGAGGAGGAGGGUUACCUGGAGGGGCUCACCUGUCUCACCUGCUGGGUUUGUCAUCAGUCAGCUGUGUGGCCUGUGGUGAGGUGGUGAGACAGGAUGAGGACAACAUGGCCGUCUGUGUUGUCCCACAGUGUUCAGGCCCGUACUGUCGGCCAUGUUUCCGCAGUUUGGGAAACGCGUGUGUCGUCUGCGCGCGACCUCUGACCUUCCUGGAAGACGGCGAGGAGGAGCUUGACUCCAGCGAUGACGAGCAGCCGCGUUUAAGCUCUGCAGCUCAGAACUCGACCCUCGUCGCAGACGGGAGAACUGACGAGGAGGCGACGCACCCAAGACCAGCCGUACGCUCGAACAGCCGAGUCAGAACGACCAAAGCAAACGGGGGACACACCGGUGUCCACGCUGUCUCUGAACUCAUCGUCUGAACACUGGCUUCAGU